CAAAUAAAAAAUAAAAAUAUGAGUCGCGAAAAAAUUGAAAUAAAAGACAUUGAGAAGAAAAGCUCACAGAUUGAGACGUUUUUUGAACACCUAGAUGGUCUGUUUAGAGAGGUUGAUGCACAAGUGAGACUGUGUAAUUUCGGUGUGGGUAUCUUGGUCGACUCUCCUACUGGACAACCGUAUGUGUUCAAAUGUCCAUGCUUCAACUCUGUGGCUGCAUGUUUUGGAAACCCUUAUUCGAGGAGAUCGAAAAGAUCAUCUCCGUCCUCGUUGAGGCAAGCCAGGAUUCUCAAGAGUCAAGCCAAACUUGAUCGUCUCACAGACGACUUGGAACGACAGAAAGAGAUUGAAGAGUUUUUGGAUAGACAACUAGAGGCCCCUAAAAGUUACAAUGGGAAGAAGACUAUAGAUCUAACCUUGGAGGAGCUAAUUGCCUUAAAAGAAAAGUUUGAAGUUGUUCUGGAUAAUAUGAAGCAUAACAAUACGGAGAUGAAAGAAGCUACUUGAUGCUCUCAAACAAUAAGAUGAACUGAAGAAGAAGAAAAAUAAUAUUAAUAUCUAGUACUAUAUAUCAUACAAGAUCGAUCCUUGUUUGAUUUUUUCCUUCAAAAAGUUAUUAAAUAAUUUCGGUGGUGUAAUAUUUGAAGCAAAUCACUUUUUUUUAUCUUUUCGUAUUGUUAAUUGGAUUAUCAUAAUGAAUUUAGUUUUCUAAUUUAUUAUGAACACAUCUUUCAUGCUUUUUUGAUGAGUUUCUGUAAUGCUUCAGCCGACUCUAUCAAUGGGCUUCUUUCAUGUAUGACGGU